UUCUUCCCAGCGUCCACUCUUCCUCACCAGCCUCCUCAUCCUCCUCACCACUCCAGCAGCUCCACAGCGAUGCUCGUGUAGCUCGGCUCGCUUCAAGUGACAGAGCGGCGUCGUACCAACAAUAGUCUCCAGCAGACCCUCCGCUGCCUGCCAGUCUGUUCCCGGAUCCUCCUGCGGGGAAAAAAAAAGCGCCUUCUGGGCUUCAGUGCGGGGAAAAAAACAGAGGUGGUGGAGAGGACUAAAGCUAAGUCGGGCGUGGUAGCAAGGAAAAAAACUCAUCUUUGUGAGAAAAACUUCAAAGUCACAAUGUCGCUGUCGGUGCCGCAGAACGGAGUAAAGGCGGAUAACGAGCCCGUUAUCGAACUGUUUGUGAAGGCGGGAAGUGAUGGUGAGAGCAUCGGAAACUGCCCCUUCUCUCAGAGGCUCUUCAUGAUACUUUGGCUUAAGGGAGUUGUCUUCAAUGUCACCACAGUGGACCUGAAGAGGAAGCCUGCUGACCUCCAGAAUCUGGCCCCUGGAACACACCCGCCUUUCAUCACGUUCAAUGGUGAGGUCAAAACUGAUGUCAACAAGAUCGAGGAGUUUCUUGAGGAUAUCCUCUGCCCACCCAAAUACAUCAAGCUUGGUGCAAGACAUCCUGAGUCAAACACAGCUGGUAUGGACAUCUUUGCCAAGUUUUCUGCUUACAUCAAGAACUCCAAACCAGAUGCAAAUGAGGCUCUGGAGCGUGGGCUGCUGAAGACACUGCAGAAGCUGGAUGAGUACCUUCGCUCACCACUGCCUGACGAGAUCGACCACAACAGCAUAGAGGAUGUCAAAGUCUCCACCCGCAAAUUCUUGGACGGAGAGGAAAUGACCUUGGCUGACUGCAACCUUCUGCCCAAGCUGCACAUAGUCAAGGUGGUGGCUAAGAAGUACAGAGGUUUCGACAUUCCCAAAGAGAUGACGGCUAUCUGGAAGUAUCUGAACAACGCCUACACCCGCGAAGAGUUCACCAACACCUGCCCCAGUGACAAGGAGAUUGAGAUCGCCUACGCAGACGUAGCCAAGAGGCUGGUCAAAUAAGCUUCUCUCCCUCCAUCCAUCACUCCCAUACCCCCCUCUAUACACUCCCCUCCACAGCACCUGGACUGAUGUGCUCAUUUACGAGAAAGAGAAAAAAACAAACAAACUCUGGACUUCUUUUCCUUCUCUCCUCAUCUAGAGCGACACCCCAAUGCAUGAACCGUUCUUUGUCAUUAUUUUUUUUCCUCUCCGGUUUUUACAAAGGUUUCUUUAGUUGAAUCAGCCAAGGUCACCAUCGUUACACCUUUUAUCAUUAAUCGCUUUUGUCUUUCAUUUGCCGAUGAAUGUUGUGAGGCGCUGUGAGAUGGUGAUGAAGAAGCAGCCAGACGCGUGUAUCAGUGCUCAUCAAUGUCGGGAGCCUCGUCAAACGCGCUCCCUGAUAAGUGACCUUCAAGCUGCCUUUCUCUCUGCACGCGGGGGAAAGGUCAUGAGCUGUUGUUAUUUUUCUGUUGUCUGUUUAAAAUUGAAAUAGCUCUUUCUUGGAUUGCUAUAAAGUGAACACUGAGAAGCUUUUUUUUCUGUCUUUGAGCUUAUUAAGAGAUGUUGUAAACAGUGUUUGAAGCUUCAGUGUUUUUUUUUUUUGGCUCAAGUACUUGAUAGGUUUAAGUAGAAACUGAAGGUAAUCCAAACCUGAGUGAUGGACAUAUCAAGUGAGAGAUGCUUUAUUUUAAUGUUGAGGCGUUUAAAAUAAAUCAAAAUAAUUGCAACUGCAGGUAAAGCUACCUGGUAUUCAUGCUCUGAUUUCCUCAUUGCCUCAAACGAGCAACAGUCUUGUAGCUCAGCUCAGUAGAAUUGUAGGAAAUUUCCUGUACCGACUGCAGAUGUAACAACUCAGGAAAAAUACAACCUGAGGUCCAAGAAACGGUCAACCAUAUGUAGCUUAAAGACGUGUUCAAGGAUGUGUAGAUUGGCCUUUUGUUAAUCACCACAUUGCCAUAAAUAUGUCCAUUUAAACAAUGGCAGUGUGACUCUUCUCACGAGGGAAAGUCUUUGCUGACUGUAGCCGUAGUUUGGAUUGUACAUCGUGGACCAAAAGAGGGCACAUUAUUCUGGUUUCACUGUGGAUUGGAAAAGACGCAUUCCCUUACUGUCUCUUACUCCAUAACAUGCAUAGGGAAGGACGCUAAAAUGUGCAACAGGAGAAGCGACACUAAAGAUAUUUAUGACAAAGGAAUCAAGAGUAGCAAUGAACCAAUACCUGAUCAAAUUUCACCUUUCUGUUCAGUAUGUAGAUCGAUCUCUGAGGUAGCGAAUGUAUAUGCUAUGAUACAGUAGCUUCCAAAAAGUGCUUUAGUGUGGAUAAAGCAAAACCUGUUUUGUUUUCUCCCAUUUGCCAUGUUUUUCAGACAUUUGUUAUGAAACAAAUCUGAUACAAAGGAAUUGUAAAUAUUUGUUUUUCAUCGCUCAGAUUUCAGUGUGUAAAUUUAAUGCAUUUCAUCUGAAUUUUGAGGAAAAAUGGGCCAUUUCUUGCCUGCUUGGAUUUGAAUUCUAGGUAAACCAUCUCCUCUUUGCCUUACUUGUUUUCUCUCUGCAGAUGUUUUGCAGGAAGGUAGUUUUUGUUUUAGAGAUCAUUUCAUUACGUGUGUGGCAUUGUAAGAAGAAAUAUCCAAGCUAUGACAUGGCUUUUUUUAACAAUAUUGACUGAACUGAAAUAAACUUCGUAUUGGCACUCAGA